AUGUCGCGCUGGGGCAGAGGCCGAAAUGGCAGCGUGGCUGUACCGCUGGACAGUGCUUUAUUUAGGGAAAAUAGUAAUUGCCCCUCGGCUGCUAGAUCGGCAGGCACGGUGGGCAAGUGGGGAAUUACGAGCUUCACUUCAAUUCGAAGCGCUCCUUACGCAUAUCAAAGCAAUGUUCUUAAGAAAACUGUUCAAGAUCAAAACAGUCCCCUAACAGUGCCUGCAGUUGAAACAGAACAACCACCUCCAAAGCCCAAAAAGUUUUUUAAGUCUCGCAAUGCAGAAUUGUAUCCACCAGUGCCACAGAUAACUUAUGCUCCUCCAGUACCUGCAGCACCUCUCUCCCCUGAACAUCCUUCAACUAAAGAAAAGAAAAAUACUAAGAGAAGUAGAUAUAAUAGAGGAGAUUCUUCAUCACCAGAAUUACCAAGACGUAAUUCUGAGAAAGGCAAAACAAAAAAGAAUUUGUCUACAAAAGCUUCUAAAAAAGAGGAUGCUUUUGCAGAAAAUUCACAGCCACCCAAUAAACGCUAUUUAGUUCGCAAUCGAGAUAAAGUUAUAAAUUAUGCUGAAGAUGGGAGUAACAGCCCAAUACCUGAAUUGACUCGAUAUGAAUCAUUACCUCCUAAGGUGCCUUCACCAAAGGCAAGUCCUUUGGUAACUACUCCUUCUCCAGUUAAGGUAGAUGUAGUAAGCCCAUCUACUAGCAAAGAAACUAGUGAAGAAAGAAAGCCCCCACCUAUAGUCCUCAGAAUAUCUAAAGGAACUUCAAGAAUAGUUAGCACAGAUUCUAAUGAAGGAUUUACAUCACCUAGCUCAGAUAGACACUCAUCUUUAGAUACCCAUUCAGACUUGGGAUCUGAUCACAAGCGCAGCCCUACAAUGGAAAGUAUAUGCUCUCCUAAACAUGAAGGCCUUAAAAUUACUAUUAAAUGCUCAGGGCUGAAUCAAGACAUCAAAAAAGAAAAGAAAAAAGAUAAGAAAGAACAUAAAUCACAUAAGCGUCAUCACAAAAACAUUGAAGACGAAACCACAAAAAAAAUAGUUUCACCUCAACCGGGUUCUGAUACAUAUGAUCUAUAUAAAACUCUAGCAUCACCUGUUCAUGAAUCAGAAAAAGAAAUAAAUAAAUUAAAGCAAAUAGACUACAUAGAAUCCCAGCUAGCUCAACUGGACUCUACAAGUACCGUAGAGAAAUCUCCCUCUUCAGAAAAACAAAUCAAAGAACCUCAACCUGAACCUAAACCACCGGAAAAAACAGGAAGAUCUAGAAGAAACAGGCCAAAUAUUAACUAUAGUGAAAAUGAUGAUGAAUUAGUUCCUCUGGCAAAGGUAUAUUCAAGUAAACAAGUUAUAAAAACUGUGAGUGACCUGAAAAAGGAAGCUAAAAAGAACAGAAGAAAACAUGAUCCUGUAAAUGAUGCUCCUUUAGCUACUGUAUCAUCACCUGAUCACCAAGAAGGAAAUGACAAUGAGCCUGAAUCUCACAUAGAACAAAAUGACCUAAUUGAUAUAUUAUCUGGGAGCAAUGACAAGACUGAGGGUGUGACACAUAAAAAGGUUAAAAAACAAAAAUAUAAGCAUAAUAAACAUUCAAGUCCAGAUCCUGCAUUAGAUAUUCAGGAGACAUCUAGCCAAGAGGAACAUAAUGAUGAGACAGAAAUGGAAAUAUCUGAAGAUCUACAAAUGGCUGAUUGUGCUCCAAAUAUUGAAGCAAAUGAGGCUCAGAUGCAAACUCAAUCAUCUGACUCUGCUUACAACAGUUGUCCUAAUGAAUUAUCAGAAGAAGAAUCACAAAAGUGUCAUCAAGAUGAAGUGUUUAAAUCACCACAUAAUAUAGACUCUGAGGAACAUGUAGGAGAUAAACCAAGUGUUAAACUAGUGAUUACAAAGAAAAAAGGUUCUAUAUUUAAGAGUAAAUCAUUAGUGAAUGAUAAUCCUUCACCAUUGCCGGCUAGAAAGAGACGUCAUCUUUACAAACAUGAAUGGGCAAAUGAUAAAGGAAAUGAAACACCAAGACCAGAGCAAGCUGAAACAACAGAAGUAAGAAAUCCUGUUAACGAAGUGUCAGAGGAACUAACUCGAGUCACAAGGUACAGAGCCGCUGAUCCCAUAAUGGAUGACCCAACUUUGGAUGAACCUGUUAAAUCUUAUACAAGUGUUAAAUGUGCUAAAGAAGCAAAAGAGUACUACACAGUUGUACGAAAUGUUAAAAAAGCACAUCAAAUACAAGAGAUUGGAGAGUUCCAAGAGUUUAAUGAUGAUGUGGAAUAUCUUCUUGAUGCAUUGCAGGACAACAACCCGAUGUCGACGCGGUGCUUGUCCGCCAUCACGUUGGCGAGCAAGUGCACGGCGCCCGCCUUCCGCAUGCACCUGCGCGCGCACGGCACUGUGCAGAAGUUCUUCAUGGCGUUGCACGAUGCUACCAAUGAUCAGAGCUUAGGAUUGUGUACUGCGACGGUAAUGUUUGUGCUAUCUCAAGAUCGUCUAAAUAUGGAUCUGGAUCGAGAGUCGCUCGAGCUAAUGUUGAAUCUACUCGAGUCUGAUGUAUCACACAAAAACGCCCUUGAUGACUGUGGGUUAACGUCCGCUCAGCUCGCAAAGACACAAGAAAGAGUUAGGGAAUUGUGUGCUGAAAUCAAAAGUCAAGGGAAAGCUAAACAUCUGGACUUGGAUAAUAUAACGGUGGGCCAUUUAGCUAUGGAAACACUAUUAUCGCUGACGUCGAAGCGAGCAGGCGAAUGGUUCAAGGAGGAGCUGCGCAACCUGGGCGGCGUGGACCACAUCGUGCGCACCAUACAGGACUGCGCCGCGCGCCUCGAGCCGCCCGCCGCCGCCUGGACCGGCGCCGAGGUGGACGUGCUCAGGAAGGCGGACCGGUGCAUGCGUGUGCUGGAGAAUGUGACCCAACAAAACGAGGCGAACCAGCAGUACCUGGUGUCUGGGUCGCUGGGCGCGGCGCGCACGCUGUGCUCGCUGCUGCGGCGCUGCGCGGCGGAGGCGCGCGCGUCCCCCGCGCCGCACCUGCGCGCCGCGCUGCUGGACGCCGCGCUGCCCGCCGUCAAAGUGCUCGUUAACCUGUCGCAUUCGUUCGGUAUCGCUUCAUCUGCACUGGGAGCACAAGUUGUCGGAGAACAGCCUUCAGUGAUGGAAAUCUGUUUGAUAAUGCUAAACAACCAAGGAAACUUUAUUCCUGAUACCAAGAACUUUGAUUUUAGUAUUUGUGUUUUAAUGCUGUUAAUAAAUUUGGUACAAAAUAAUGAUAUAAAUACCCAAAGACUGCUAAGUGUUCGUAUUCGAGUGGAUAACGAGCACGACAUUAUAUCACGUAGCGUCUCAGCUUUAGAUCUUAUAGUUGACUUAUUUUACAAAAGAGAAGAAUUGGCCAGGAGAGCAGAAGAAAAUACAGAUGCUUUAUUAGAUGGCGAAAAAGAAGAAGAAACAGAAAAUGACAAAAAGAAACAAUCACAAGAUGAUAUUGAUGAAACAGUAACAAAAUUGCUGGCGCGCGCGGGCACGCACAUGGAGCACACGAUGGUGGGCGCGUACAUCGCGCUGCUGCUGGGCAACAUGGCGGUGGUGUCGCCGCCGCACGCCGCCGCCGUGCGCGCGCGCGUGCCGCUCUACGCGCCGAUGCUGCCCACGCUCAAGAAGUACUUCACCUUCCUCUCCCUCACUGCUAGCGGCGAAGCAGCGAUAGUAGCACACGUGAAAACAACGCAAAGGAUAAUACAGUUCAUGGAGACUAGCGAUAAGGAAAACUCGCAGCCGGAGCCGUCGCAGCCCGCCGCGCCAUACACCGCCGUAUACCCCUACUACGAAACAUCACCAUCAGACGUGCCACAAGACAUGUCUCUUAGUAAUCUCAACUACUCCAUGAACUAUAUGAAUAGCACCUCGAGCUCGGACAGAAUGUCCUCCAUGGAAAUCGAUGGUUACCAC